UAAGACAAGAUAAGAUAUGAUAAGACAGGAUAAGAUAAGAUAAGAUAAGACAAGAUAUAUCUUAAUUGCCCAGAUUUUGAUACAAACAAACAAACAAACAGACGAACAAAAACCACAUAUCCAACAACCAACAACAAAGAAACAAACAAAACUACCUUGCGGUGCAGAUGAUAGAAGGAAACGUCUUUCUUUUCUUUGUUGUAUCGCCUGUUGCAUGGUUAUGUUGUAUUUAACUCUUGUUUAUUCUGACCCACGAUGAAACCGUCGAGAAACACGCAGAAAGCCCACUAGUCCAUUCACCUUUCCCAAUUCCAUCUUACCAUCCUUGAUGAGAGAAAGUAUUAAAAUAAUGUACAAAUGCAUAAAAUCGUUUUUUUAUCCUCAUAUCUUUUUCCAGGUCUGACGGCCUAUUUCGGUCUUUCAUUGGCCACCUUCACAUGCCCCACCCUCUUCAACUUCUACCCUGACGCCAACGACUGCACCAAGUUCUACAGAUGUUCCUGGGGCAAAGGUUAUCUCUUCAACUGCCCGGCAGGAACCCGCUGGUCCCAGACCCUGCUCACCUGUGACCACUCCUACAACGUGCCAUGUGACAAGAAGCCAGUGGUCAAGGUGACCUAUGACCCCCACUACGGCGUCGUGAAGGAGCCAGUACCCGAGGCCCAGGUCCCAGACUUCUCUGUCGACUACGAUUCUGACAACAAGUACGGGCAUGACGACAAGGUCCAUACCGGCCACUACGCCACCGGAAAUUACGAUUACGGUAACGGCCACUACAAGCAGCCCGAACACAAGCCCGUAUACUGGGGAAAACAAGAAUACUACCCCAGCCAGAGCCAAUAUCCUUCCACCCCCAGCUACCACCAGGUACAAUACCCCAGCAAACCCGUGUAUCGUCCCACUCCCGUGUACCACCACGAGCAGCCCGAAUACCAGCAACCCGAAUACCAACAACCCGAGUACCACCAACCCGAGUACCACCAACCCGAAUACCACCAACCCGAAUACCACCAACCCGAAUACCAUCAACCCGAGUACCAUCAACCCGAGUACCAGCAACCCGAAUACCAUCAACCCGAGUACCAGCAACCCGAAUACCAGCAACCCGAGUACCAUCAACCCGAGUACCAGCAACCCGAAUACCAGCAACCCGAGUACCAACAUUACGGUAGCAGCGAGAAAUACUACAAAGGCGAGGCCAAGGCUGAGCAAGACCGUUAUUACUACUACAACUCUGGCGAGAAGGUGCAACACAGGCCCUACAACAACUACGACAGCCAGAAGCGUUAUGAAGAACCCGUCAGUGGAGUCCAGGUGACAACCGUCUACAAGCCCGUCUACCGCCCCGCCAACAGCUACUACCAGUACCUCAAACCCUCCCAUGUGCCAAACACAGAGGAAACCAAAGAGGGAUCAUAUCAAAGAUGGGGGCAUUAAAUAAACUUAUUGUGGUAAAAGAAGCACUAUAAGCUUGCCAAACCAUUAUUUUUUCCAAUUAGGAAAAUAAAAGAAAAAGAAAUUUAAAAAAAAAGAAAUAAAAAGAAAUUAUGCAACUCCUUCAAGGGCGAUAUCUUCUUCGCAACGCACGGAGUAAAAGAUCAUAUUAUUAUUAUUUCAAUUAUUGACAUAAUAUUGCGUUUCGACAAAAAAUUAUUAAGACAUCAGAUAGCGAGGAAAACUCAACUAUAAUUUGUUGAUUUUAGAAGGGGGGGGGGGGGUAUGAUUUUGUUUAAUACUGUGUUUUCCCCUGCAGUUUUAGCUAUACAAUGAGCACAGCCGUAAGUUCUGCACGUAUACAGAUAUAUAUAUUUAUUAUUUAUUGUUUUUUGAACACUCCGUACGUCUAUACUUGGUGCGGGAGUUUUACUGUUAUUGAAUGUUUUAAGACUUUUCACCAUUAUGUUAUUCAAAUGUUGAUUAUAACUUUCUCGUAACAGUGGCUACUCCAAAAGAAUUUCUUUUUCAACAUUUAUCAGAACUGCAAUUAGCCAACUGGUCAGCCAUUAGAGUUUUUUAAACAAAGUUUUAAAAAUGAGUCUCAGCAAUUAAUGUUCAAGAUAAUUAUGCACUUAACUGCCAUUC